AUUUGAUAUGAACACCAGAAACAAAGCUCCUCCGAAACCUCAUCAGACAUACAUACCACGAAGCUAUCCAACAAUUGAUUCCUCUUCUGAUGCAGCGACGAUCGACGCCCGACUCUGGUCAGAUAUGAUUGGGCUUUGUUGCACCUGCUCCUCCUUCACCAAAUCCUCAAUCCAAGCUUCCUAGACAUAUAUAUGAUCUAACAGGCUGCUCUGUUACUGUCAGGGAAGAAGCAACCUUCUUAGGUAUUUCGCAAGAAAGAGGGGGGAAGAAGAAAGAAGAGAUGCUUCGCAUCGUCCUUUGCUCCUCCCUAUCACUGCACUAACGGACCAUACGCCGAUGCGGAUGCCAGCCAUGCGCCGGCUCCUCGACACACCACCACUUUUGUCCGAUGGAGCCAAGCCAGGGGACGCUGGAGGCCCCGCCGACGCUUAUUUCACUACCAGCGUGCCUGUCGUUCUAGCAGCACUGCUUUGUACUCUGGUAUGUGCGCUGGGGCUGGGUUCCAUCUUGCGGUGCGCGAUCCGGUGCGCCCGCCCCCGUCUUGCUCUCGAGAUCCCCGAGGCGACGGCGGCUACCGGACUCGAGAAGAAGGCACUCCGUCAGAUCCCGACGACGGUGUACGGGCCGGGGGCCGGCGUCACGGCGACGGAGUGCCCGAUAUGUCUCGGAGAGUUCGGCGAUGGGGAGAAGGUCCGGGUGCUGCCCAAGUGUCAUCACGGGUUCCACGUCAAGUGCAUCGACGCGUGGCUUGCGUUGCAGCCCUCGUGCCCGACUUGCCGACGCUCGCUGCUCGACCAAUGUGGGGCGGAGGCCGGAGAUGGGACAAUGACGUCGCGGUAGUGUGAAGGGACCGACCAUGGCGACCCUCUGUUUCCUCCAGACUGCAUUGAGGAGCUCAAUGCUCACUAUUUGUCAUUUCGGAAGACAUAAUGUUAAUCUCUUAGCUCACAAACUCUUCGUAUUUUAGUAUUUA